AUGGAGGGAGGCGACUACGGCGGACAUUACCCUGGAGAGGGCCAAGGACAUGGCGAUUUCCAACAUGCUGGACACCCCUUCGGCAAUGGAGGAGACCCAGCACAGAAUGGAUUCGCCGAAGAAGGAUAUCCAGCGCAAAAUGGACUCAUCCAAGAAGGGCAUCCAGCGCAGAAUGGAUUCACCCAAGAAGGACAUCCAGCGCAGAAUGGAUUCACCCAAGAAGGACAUCCAGCGCAGAAUGGAUUCACCCAAGAAGGAUAUCCAGCGCAGACCCAAUUUGACCAAGGAGAAGACCCAACGCACAACGGUUUCGGUCAAGGAAUAGAUUAUGGACAUAACGAAUUUGGCCAAGGAGAAGAUCACGCGCACAACGGGUUCGGUCAAGGAGAAGACCAAGGGUACGGCGACUUCUACAAUGAAGGGGGAAUGGCGCAAAAUGGCGAGGAUGGAGAGCAGGACCUUGACGGUAAAUUGCAGGAGCUCGAGCACAAGCUUGACAAGCUCGAGAAAAAGUAUGAAACGACGUACUAUUCCGACGUAGAGCCGGAUGAGGUUCAACAACCAAAGCUCCACCAUCACACGGCGGAUAUAACCAUGGUUUGCUUCAAAAUCCUGCAAAUUGACCCAGAAAAUGAACGCGCAUUGAAUCUACAUCGCGAUCACUCUGCCUCCCUCUUCAACCGCUUCUACGGCCACGAAGGCGUCGACUAUAGUGAGCACAAGCCCAAAAUGUCGGAGCACAUCUUUGGAGUUCCCCGUCCUGAAGGCAUGGAUAGCGACCCUAAUGAUGAUGAUGAUGAUGAUGAUGAUGAUGAUGAUGAGGGCGAGGACGAGAAUGAGAACGAGAAUUAUGGCGACAACUUUGACAAUGCAGAUAACCCUGAAUAUUCUGGCGGAGAACAUGAUGACCAGUAUGACCAUGAGCAUGACGGGACAGGGGAAAAUGACGAGUAUCCCGGCGGCAAUGAUGACUACCAGGAUCACGAUUACGACCCCGAGCAGUCUUGGGAUGAUGGCAACAACGGGCAGCACGACGGGCAAUGGCACGAUGGAGGUGACGAUGGCAGCGGUCAUCACCACGGUGAGGGCCAAUGGCAUGAUGGAGGUGAUUAUGACAGUGGUCAUCACCAUGGCGGACAAUGGCACGAUGAAGGUGGUGAUGACAGUGGUCAGCAACACGAUGGGCAAUGGCACGAUGGAGGCCAUGAUGGCAAUGGUCAUCACCACGGCGGGGAAUGGCACGGUGGAGGUGGCGAUGGCGAUUAUUAA